CAGAGAGCAGAGCCACUGGACGUCGCAGGCGCGCGCCCGGCCAUGGUUUCCCUGGUGACCGCGCUCUGGACCGUGCUCCACGCGCGCACCCUCCUGCUGGGCGCUGUCGCCUUCCUGUUCUUUGCUUAUUUCUUCAGAAAGCGGCGCCCCCAGAACUGCCCACCGGGGCCCCCGCGCUGGCCCAUCCUGGGAAACUUCUUCCAGGUGGACUUUGCGCAGUCGCACUUGCACAUUCAGCAGUUUGUGAAGAAAUAUGGGAAUGUUAUUAGCAUGGAAUUUGGCGACAUGUAUUCAGUCCUUAUAACUGGACUGCCCUUGAUCAAAGAAGCCCUUGUUGAGCACGACCAGCACUUCAGGAACCGCCCUGUGACGCCUAUCCGAGAGCGUGUCUUUAAGGAAAAUGGGUUGAUCAUGUCCAAUGGUCAGACAUGGAAGGAACAAAGACGGUUCACCCUGACAACACUAAGGAACUUUGGUUUAGGAAAGAAGAGCUUAGAGGAACGUAUUCAAGAGGAGGCCUACUACCUUGUUGAGUUUAUAAAAGAGGAGAAUGGACAGCCUUUUGACCCUCAAUUCAAGAUCAACAAUGCAGUUUCCAAUAUUAUUUGUUCUGUCACCUUUGGGGAACGCUUUGAGUACCAGGAUGAAAAAUUCCAGGGACUUCUAAGGAUGCUGGAUGAGGUCAUAUGUCUGGAAACUUCUAUAUGGUGCCAGCUCUAUAAUAUAUUUCCAAGGAUAAUGAAUUUAUUACCUGGAUCCCAUCAAACACUCUUUAAUAACUGGGAAAAUCUGAAAUUGUUUGUUGCUGAAAUUAUUGAAAACCACAAGAAAGAUUGGAAUCCUGAUGAAACAAGAGACUUUAUUGAUGCAUAUCUCAAGGAAGUAGAAAAGCAUAAAAAUGACACCUCUUCUAGCUUCGAUGAAGAAAACCUCAUCUACACCACUCUGGACCUCUUCUUUGCUGGCACUGAGACAACUUCAACUACACUGCGCUGGGCUCUGCUCUACAUGGCCCUCUACCCAGACAUCCAAGAAAAAGUACAUGCAGAGAUCGACAGAGUGAUUGGCCAGAUGCAGCAGCCAAGCAUGGCCCUUCGAGAGUCCAUGCCCUACACCCAUGCAGUGGUCCACGAGGUGCAAAGAAUGGGAAACAUCAUCCCAUUGAACGUGCCCAGGGCAGUGGCAGCAGACACAACCCUGGCUGGGUAUCACAUGCCCAAGGGGACCUUGGUCUUAACCAACCUGACAGCUCUGCACAAAGACCCUGCGGAGUGGGCCACCCCUGACACAUUCAAUCCGGAACAUUUUCUGGAGAACGGACAGUUUAAGAAGAGGGAAGACUUCCUGCCUUUCUCCAUAGGAAAGCGGGCGUGCCUCGGAGAACAGCUGGCUAGGACUGAGUUGUUUGUUUUCUUCACUUCACUCAUGCAGAAGUUUACCUUCAGGGCCCCAGACAGCGAGCAGCUGAGCCAGAAGUUCAGGAUGGGCAUCACCAUUGCCCCUGUCAAAUACCGAAUCUGUGCUCUCCCCAGGGCCUAGAGGCCCAAGGGCGGGAGGAAAAGGCCCUGGGAAGGGGUGACCGCUGAAGGCUCACUUCUGUCUGCUCAGAAGCCAGAGCCACAAUCAAAGAGGUGCUGAAGGAAGAUGGGGAGAGUGGACUCAGAGAAACACCCACCCCCAACCCAAAUCACAGUUUUUCCAGAGUCCCCACCAGUGCAGCCGUGAUUUUCUCACAGGAGAUGAAAGGAGGCCACAAUUCUCUACUGAAAAACUGAUGGAAGGAUCUGAACAUGUCAUAGAUGUUAAGGGGGCUGAGAAACCAUAAAGCAGUCUAGAAACGGACAGCUGGAACCUGCUGCUUCCUUUCUUGCACGUUUUCACUGUGGGCUGUGAAGAUGACUCAGGUCUUUCAGGGAAUAGAGGGAUGGGAGGAGUUGGAAGUCAGACCCUCCCAGGGCUGCCCCCCUUGAUGUUGGCCUUGAAAGGCCUCACACUAUGCCCUGGGUGCUAUCUUUCUUGCUCCUGCUUCAGCAAGGCCUUCAACAAAGUCAGGGGUUUUAUUUCCAGCUUCCAUGAAGUAGCCAUUUCUGUGGUUCACCUAAGGAACCAUGGUGAGGUCCAGGUAGUGGGUGACAAUUAAGCUGACAUAGGAAGUCAGCAGAACUCUUUUGUUAAGGAAAACCCAUCCCCAUUAACACUCUAUGAGCCUUAUAACCCCGAACUGUCUUGUAUUGUAUUGUGUGGUGAAAGUGAUCUUUUCUUUGAAAUAAAAUGUAAGGUUUGGGGUGGGGUAACAAAUAUUAACAAUUUAAAUCUAUACUGAA